AUAGCUAAAAGAAUUCUGUGAGUUGUGAUUUGUGAAUUUUAGAUUAUUUUUUCGUGUAAAUAAAUAGUUUAUUGUAUGUAUAGAUGUAAGGAUUUUAAUGUAUUUUAUUUAGAUUAUUUAUAGUAAUAAUGUCAAAUACCUCAAUAGAAGGAAAACUAAAAGGUUUGCAAGAACGUUUUGAAAAUGAGUUGCGAAUACGCAAUCGUAGUGAGGCUUUCCACAACCAUGGAGGACUUGGAUCUUCGAAAUCUGGGAGAUCUAAUCAAAGACCGAGGCCCCCCCCAAUGUUCAGUGGAAGGGAUAUUCCAGCAUUUCCACCAAGAACAACACAAGCAACAGACACAGAACAUAGGAUGAGAGAAGUCUAUAAGGUGAGCGGGAAGCUAAAUGUGCAAGGAGUUGAAUACAGAUCUCAUAUAGAUGAGCUCCAGCAGUUAGGAGAGCUGGGAAGUGGUACCUGUGGACAUGUGGUCAAAAUGUUACACAAACCCUCUGGGGCAGUAAUAGCUGUUAAACAAAUGCGUCGUUCUGGUAAUUCUGAGGAAACAAAAAGAAUUCUGAUGGAUUUAGAUGUGGUGGUUCGUUCUCAUGACUGUCCCUAUAUUGUGCGGUGUCUGGGUUGCUUUGUGACUGAUGCCGAUGUGUGGAUAUGUAUGGAACUAAUGGCAUCCUGCUUUGAUAAGCUGCUGAAGAAGCUUGGAGGGCCAAUACCUGAAGUUAUACUAGGAAAAGUUACAGUUGCCACUGUGAACGCGCUAUCCUACCUGAAGGACACGCACGGCGUGAUCCACCGCGACGUGAAGCCAAGCAACAUCCUGCUAGACGAGCGCGGCAACGUGAAGUUGUGUGACUUCGGCAUCAGCGGCCGCCUCGUUGACUCCAAGGCGAAGACCAGAAGUGCAGGCUGCGCGGCUUAUAUGGCUCCAGAGCGAAUAGACCCUCCGGACCCGAGCCGGCCUGACUAUGACAUCCGCGCGGACGUGUGGUCGCUGGGCAUCUCGCUUGUGGAGCUGGCGACAGGCGUGUUCCCCUACCGUGACUGUCAGAACGACUUCGAGGUGCUCACGAGGGUGAUAGCCGAUGACCCACCUCAGUUACCAGAAAGCACCGAGUUUUCACCUGAAUUUAAAUCUUUUGUAUCUCAGUGUUUAACGAAAAAUUACCGCCAACGGCCGAAGUACGCGAAAUUGCUGGAGCACCCGUUCGUAGUGAAAUCGAAUCGCACAUUAGUGUCUGUCGGCGACUGGUAUGCGACACUCUUCUUCGGGCAGGGGUCGAGCAAGGCUGGUUCCAGCUUAUCCGUGGAUACCAAUGGCGAUGCACCAGUGACCCCCCAGCCCGUGCGGAAUUUUGUUACAAGUUCACAAUACUGGAUGCCGGAGCAAGUGACUCCUACGCCAGCUAGAGCGUGGUGGGCGAAUAACGGCAGCCCCGGUGGCAGCAGCUCACAGCCCGCCAGUCUGGAGGCGGAUCUGUCCAGCCAUUCCCCCUACCCGAGGCGGAGAACAAUAGACGCGUGCGCAUCACCUCCGCCUGCCCCCGUGCGCCGCGUGUCUGCAGACUCCCGGUGGAGACCCUCACCCACUAGCUCUGGUAACACGAGUCCUAUUGUGCUUCAGAGGUUUUAUCACCAGAGCCAACAGAGAAGGUCCAGGGUAGACCUUCACUGCACACCUCGCCAUAGGAGCGUGAGUCGAGAGCACAGCGCGGGUCGUUCACCGGAGCCGCCGCCGCGCACGUCGAGGCAUCACGCACGCACGCAACUGAACGGCAGUAUGGAGCUGGAACCUCCUCCGCUGCAUGAGAGACUUUUGCCUGCUUCUCCGUUGUUGCUUAAUGAUAGGUUAUCAGAAGGGAGGAGUCAGAGCUUGACUCGCGCUGAGGUGCGGAACGGUUUCCACAGUGACGUCACCGCGCCCGCGCCCGCACACACACACAAACACCAUCACGACGAUCAGGGCUGGCUGCACUCGCUGGCCGGGCUCGUGAAGCGCCGGCUGAGCGGGUACGUCAAGUGGCAUCACGUUGCAGCUCGCCGUGACCAGAGGCAUCCACACCUGCAUCCCGCUUCCAAAAGAUGGGGUACCAACGAGAGUUGGUCAGUGCCGGGGUCGCCGCUGCCUCCUCGCGCCCCGCACCGACCCGAAGACUAAACGCACACAAGCAACAAGCAACUGUUAAAGCACACUAUUUAUAAAGUAUCUAACAGCAGUUUGGUUCAACGAUACAAUGCGAUUUUAGCGACGCUUGAUCGGAUAAUUCGUUGAUUAUUUCGAAGCGCUUUAUUUAGUAUUGUAAUGUUCAAAGUGAAAUGAAAACGCUUUAGUUUUGUAUUACUUAAUAUAGUAUCUUAUUAUUGUGAAUUGUGAAAGCGUGUUUUUGCAAUCGAUUUUACUUAGUCCGAAAUGUGGCUUAGAGAAAUGUUGAUUCUAGUAAGAUGGCACUGAAGUCUUGAUAGCUUUUCGAGGUGUUAAAUACUCUAUACUAUAACAUUGUUGUUUCGAUGAAAACGGUCCAAAGAUACGCCACCAAUAAACACGACAAUUGGUCGCUGAAAUUGCUUGGCACCUGCGAGGAAUGCACUUGACCGUCAAAUGUUCUUCCGCUCUCAAUCCACCCUAAUUUACCAGUGCAACAUCACAUAGUAUAAUAAUUAUACAGUGUAGUAUAAUUAUUAUACUUAUGUGAUAAUUUAAAUCACAAUACCAUUAUGUGCGAUUCAGUUGUUUUGUAGAAUAGUAAAUUAUACGUAAUGGUUAAGUUUUGACAUUUUGAUAGAAAACUUUUGACUCAUUCUAAUUAGUUUGUUCGCGAACUACACGCGACUAAUGCGCGAGAGAAAUGGAAGCCGGACAGUAGUCAGAUUGGCGAUACGUUUUGAAGCGGCUUACUGUUCCAUAAAAAGAUAUCAUUUUAAAAUGCGGAAAAUCCCGCUAACGCCUCUGGUCUUUUUGGAAAAUGACUGAAAAGCCCCAUUUGUUCCCCUUACGAACAACUAAACUGAACUCAUCCUAACGAGGUGCCAAGCUAACUUCUGAAGAUUAUAAUUACGACUAAUUGUUAAGUUCAUACAACUUGUAAAUAUCGUGUAUGAUAUCGUCAAGUGACGAAACACAAUGUACGAAUACCCUAUUUUUUUUUUAUUCAAUACCGCUCUAUUGUACGGAGUUUUAAAGGAACGUGUUCACUAGGCACGCACGCACGCCCGGAUACGUUCUAUGAAAAUACUAGCAAUAACAUUCGUAUACUUAUAUGUUGUGUCGGGAAGUCUUGUAGUAGCUAUUUCUUUUGGGAGGAACCAUAUGUUUUUAAUUUUAUCUGAGUAUUUGUUCAUAAUAGCUAAAUAAGAUUUUUAUAGAUUUGAGUCUGUGCCUUAAUAUAAACCUACAUUACCUACCGCAGUUUUUCAAGCAUUACAAUAAUCAUUGUUGAUUUCUUCUUUAGAAUUAAAUGGAAACCACUCAAUUAAUUUGAUGGUAGAUAGUAUAUCUCCAGAGUUCACAACGAUUAUUUUUCUAUAUUUCCGUCUGACCGUGCGUGCGUUAAUAUCGUAGCGAGACAGUGGAUACAUUCCUUUAAGUGCGAUUCAUAUAUUCAUGUUAUGACAGUUUCUUCCGGAAAAAUUAAAAAUUUUGUUUGUUUGCCAUGAGCUUACAUUUUUAAUGGUGUUAUUAAUUAUGUUUAUAUUGGUAGUACUAAGAAAUGAUGUAUAUAUUAUAUUGCGUUUGACCAAAAUUGUAAAGUGUAAAUUUUUUGUAUAACUAAGUUGUUAAUAUUGCAAUAAUUUAUUUAUCGAAUAUUUAGUUUUCGUAUCAUCGUAUAAAUAGAUCAAUUUUGUUAUUAAUUGCCUUGACGUCUUCAAGAGUGUCCGUCAGAACGGCUGGUACACGAUCUCAAGUUACAGAGAUUUAUGGCUAUAUUUCACUGGGACAACGCGUCUGCGCAACCAGUCGCCGCUACCAACAAAAUAUAUAUAUAUCAUAGGGAGCUACUCGCCUGGUGUCCGUUUGGUUGCAGAACUUAUUUGGUGGCGCGACCAGCUCGAAAGCGCGUGACUCUGGUGUCUGUAUAGUGUCUAGUUUGGUAGCUUACGGACCGUGGUGUCCCGGUGAAGCAUAACCCCUUAGGUUUAGAUAAUGUAAACCAGCUAUAACCUACAAACAAAUCGUUCUAAGGUUAUCCUUUUUUAAGGUUAAUACGUUCAGUUCCGUUGACUAUGUAUAUCGAAGAAAAGGCCAAUUUGGCCUAAAAAAAACUGUGUAAUCAGUCUGUUGUAGAAGAGUCCAUGGCUGGUUCUUUUACCACUUCCCAUCACGAGAAACUAUUGUACGUUUAAAAAAAAUAUUCACAAAACAUCCUUAUAUUUACUUUAAUUUUGAUGGAACGGUAAAUAUUAGCCGAAAAUGAUAGAACAUUACGAGUAUCUUAAUGCUGGGGCUGGCUGUUAAACUAUCAACGUCCAUAUAUUAUUAUAAUCCUUUUGAGUUUACGUAGUGGGUGAAAUUUGCUAGCAUAAUAAUGUUAAUCUGUCACGGAGACCAGCCAUUCUGAUGAACUCUCAAAUCUGAAAGUGCGUACACGGGCAGCUUGCCUAAUAGUAAAUCUAAUUAACGAUAGUUAUAGAAUAUAAUAUGAAGUGAAAUAAUAUGCUAGAUUCUAUAAAAUGUUAGCUCUAGCUGUCAAUAAAGACUGCCUGGCAGUUGCAACUGCCCGUGUACGAUCGGUCUGAAGGGGCAUGAUGAUAUUACAAAUCACAACGGAAAAAUUGUUUAAAGAAAAAUAUUAAGUAUUCUAAAAAUGAAUCAUUUUUAAGUUAAAUGUUGAGAUUAAUAAAAUAUUUAAUAAAAUAAAUAUAUAAAAUACAGCAGACGGCCGCGUUAACUGAAACGUAAGUGACGUCACGUCUAGGGUUACCAUCCGUCCGGAUAUCUCCGGAUUUGUAUACUCUAGUCCGGAUUUUAUUUUUAAUUGCAUGGAACACAGUAAUACUACUACUACAUGAUAUUCACUAAUAUCAAAUUAGUCUUAAAUUUUUACGAGAUACGAAAUUUAAACGAGAUCAACUUUAAGUCCGGAUUUUUAUAGAAAUGUCAGAAUUUUUCUAAUUACUAAAUGGUAAUCCACGCCUGAAUUAUUAUCACUGCGUCGCUAGAAGAUUUGUUUGUUAUAUAUCUGAGGCGUUACGUCAUAAUCGGCCACCUUGUCGCCUUCAAAGUAGAUUCGUAAAAUAUACAUUAAUUUCCAUUGUAGAUUAUGUUAUUGUUGAAAUUUUUCCGAAUUCAAAAUCUGUCAUCAUGCCUAUUGUACCGUCAUAUGAAGCGCAAUGCAAAUUCAGAACAAUGGCAAUAGACAAGUAAUGUGUAAAUUUAUUGUGUUUAUUAAAUUCGGUGAUUUUAUUGUACAACGUUGGGCGUUCGAGGUUCUCCGUUUCGAUUUGAUAUUGUAAACAGAUGUUCUUGUCGGUGACUAUAUGAUGUACCUGCUAGAAUACUGCGGCCUUACAAAUAAACUUCGUAUAAAGUUGUAAUUAUUAUGACGGAUACUCACGAUAUAUAUUUUAAUAAUUUGAUGCCGUUAUUUCAAUCCAAUUGAAUGAAACGUGGUCGCGGCGGAACAACGGAGGCGUCGAGAAACUCUUGACACAUUGACACUUGACACUAAUAGUACAUCAAUCUGUCCAAGUGGCGCCUAAUUCGUUUUGGUCUUUGAUUCCCUAAUUCAAGACACACACUACUGAUGACGUCCAUACUAUUGGUAUAAAGUUAUACCCUAGAAUGAACCAAGAAUAAAGAAAAGACAACACCUAUGAAUGAUCAAUUUAUUUAUUUGCAAAGAAUAUUAGUAUUAUUCAACAUAUGGGUAUGGACUUAGGAAAAAUAUUGAUAAUAAAACUUGUUAAAUUACCUCAACUGUUUCACCACUUGUGCGUGAUUAAAAGCAGUGUUGUUUUAACUUAUACUCGUAUUAAGUGCGAAAUAAAACUUGGAAACACAACCAAUCAAAGAAACUAAUUAAUGUAAACAACUCGGUUGGGGAACCUCGUCGAGCGCCCUCUAGUCUUCUGUCGCAACAAGAUCAAGUAACAUAAGACACUAAUUAUUAUUUUGUAUAUUUUAUGUAAUAUCGUAAUUAUGUGAAUGUAAAAUAAAUGCGAAUCUUAAUUUA